UUACGUCAUUCCCGUCCAAUCGUAAGGCAAGGUUGGGCCCCGGCAAACCGUAUUUAAAGAAGUGCCAGCCUAAGCGCUCAACUCGCCCAACUGUUCGUUCCGAGCGGCAGUAACUUACUUACUCACCAUGGCACGUACUAAGCAAACGGCCCGCAAGUCCACCGGUGGCAAGGCGCCCCGCAAGCAGCUUGCCACGAAGGCAGCUCGCAAAUCUGCUCCUGCCACUGGAGGUGUCAAGAAGCCCCACCGUUACAGGCCAGGAACCGUGGCCCUCCGUGAGAUCCGCCGUUAUCAGAAGAGCACCGAACUGCUUAUCAGGAAGCUGCCUUUCCAGCGCUUGGUGCGUGAAAUUGCCCAGGAUUUCAAGACUGACCUCCGCUUCCAGUCCUCCGCUGUCAUGGCCCUCCAGGAAGCUUCCGAGGCUUAUCUCGUGGGUCUCUUUGAAGACACUAACCUGUGCGCCAUCCACGCCAAGCGUGUCACUAUCAUGCCCAAGGACAUCCAGCUGGCUCGUCGAAUCCGUGGCGAGCGUGUGGCUCCUAUGGAGCCGGGUAGGAGACGGCGUGCUUUGCCAGUUCGCCGGGCAGAAGGAGACGGACGGCAGUCUGGAUCUCCCGGCUGGAUUCAUCGCCUCCUGAGGAAGGGCAACUACGCCGAGCGAGUGGGGGCUGGCGCCCCCGUGUACCUUGCAGCGGUCAUGGAGUACCUGGCCGCCGAAGUCCUCGAGCUUGCCGGCAACGCCGCCCGCGACAACAAGAAGACUCGCAUCAUCCCGCGUCACCUGCAGCUGGCCAUCCGGAACGACGAGGAACUUAACAAGCUCCUCUCCGGGGUCACCAUUGCACAGGUUGCUGUUGUUGACACCAAAUUCCAGACACCAGAUUUAACCGCCAAAUCCGUAGAGGGUACGUCCCUGACGCUUGAGGGCGUAGACGACGUCCAUGGCAGUGACGGUCUUGCGCUUGGCGUGCUCGGUGUAGCGCUCAACUCGCCCAACUGUUCGUUCCGAGCGGCAGUAACUUACUUACUCACCAUGGCACGUACUAAGCAAACGGCCCGCAAGUCCACCGGUGGCAAGGCGCCCCGCAAGCAGCUUGCCACGAAGGCAGCUCGCAAAUCUGCUCCUGCCACUGGAGGUGUCAAGAAGCCCCACCGUUACAGGCCAGGAACCGUGGCCCUCCGUGAGAUCCGCCGUUAUCAGAAGAGCACCGAACUGCUUAUCAGGAAGCUGCCUUUCCAGCGCUUGGUGCGUGAAAUUGCCCAGGAUUUCAAGACUGACCUCCGCUUCCAGUCCUCCGCUGUCAUGGCCCUCCAGGAAGCUUCCGAGGCUUAUCUCGUGGGUCUCUUUGAAGACACUAACCUGUGCGCCAUCCACGCCAAGCGUGUCACUAUCAUGCCCAAGGACAUCCAGCUGGCUCGUCGAAUCCGUGGCGAGCGUGCCUAAUAAGUGUGUCAUCCAAGGCAAGCAAGCAACAACAAACAAUAUCUAGGCCCUCUUCA